ACUACUGUAUUGUUAUUUCAACCAAUGAAAUGAGAGAAACAGUGAUACAUUUUUAAAAUCCGUAGGCACAUACAAACUGUUUUCAACCAAAAUCUCAAAGUGACUGCAAUAUUUUUGUUUAUGUUGCUUUUCUGAUAAAAUAAUUAAAUAUGGGUCGCUGAGAAGCUUGGGAAUAAAUACAAUAAAUCAUUCGACACAAUGAAGAAAGAACGGACUGGCGACAAUUGUCGUCCCUUUAAAUUAGCCCAUCAAAUUCUUAGCUUGACUGGUAUCAGCUUUGAAAGAAGGAGUAUUAUAGGUUUCGUGGAGCUGACGAUAGUGCCGCUGAAAGACAACUUGCGGUACAUCAGACUCAACGCCAAACAAUGCCGUAUCUACCGUGUUUGCCUGAACGACCAAUAUGAGGCUAAUUUUCAGUAUUGUGAUCCAUUUUUAGACAUUUGCCAGGCUGACCCAAAUACGAGAUCUCUGGAAGUAUUUUCCCAGUAUCACUUGGCGGCUGCUCAGAAGAUUGACCCUGACCACAACUCCGGAGAGCUCCACAUACAAGUGCCAGAGGAUGCCACCCACCUGGUCGGGGAAGGCCGAGGCCUCCGCAUCGGCAUUGAGUUCUCGUUGGAGUCCCCGCAAGGGGGCUUGCACUUUGUUGUGCCUGAGGGAGAGGGUAGUUUGGUUGAGGUGGUAAGCUAUGAAGAGCAGUACGGUGGGAUGGUGCUAGAUCCUUGGCAGCCACCAGCCAGCGGCGCGAGAGUCGAACCCAAAGACAUGUUCUACUUUCCCGUACGCAACGUUCACACCAUGUCGCCGAGAUACAUCGAGAUCAUGCGCAAGAAAUCCCACCUAGUCCUCCGAAUGUUGGAGCAACGCAUCGGCCAAGAGUUGCUUCUCCAGGUCUUCAACAAACAACUCUCAUUGGCCACAACAGCCGCCAACACCAAAAUCGGCAGCGGCCUGUGGGGCCAACUGCUUCUGUCCACUAAUUCGUUUGUGAAGGCCAUAUUCACUGUGACUGGGAAGCAUAUGGCGGUUUUCGUUGACCAGUGGGUGCGGACUGGUGGUCACGCUAAGUUUCAACUCACGUCCGUGUUUAAUAGGAAGAGAAACACAGUGGAGCUAGAAAUCCGUCAAGACUGCGUCCACGACCGUGGCAUUCGCAAAUACGUCGGUCCACUCCUAGUCCAGCUCCAGGAGUUAGAUGGCACCUUCAAGCACACCCUCCAAAUAGAGAAUACGGUCGUGAAAGCGGACAUCACCUGCCACAGCAAGAGCAGAAGGAACAAGAAGAAAAAAAUUCCGCUGUGCACCGGCGAGGAGGUCGACAUGGAUCUGUCGGCUAUGGACGACUCACCCGUCCUAUGGAUUCGUCUAGACCCAGAGAUGUCUCUCUUGCGGAGCACGGUGAUAUCCCAGCCUGACUACCAGUGGCAGUACCAGCUGCGUCACGAGCGUGACGUCACCGCGCAGAGCGAGGCCAUUGACGCGUUGCACAACUACCCCGAAGUGGCGACGAGGAAAGCGCUGACGGAUACCAUAGAGAAUGAGCAGGCGUUUUACAAGAUAAGGUGUAGAGCUGCGCAUUGUUUGACGAAGGUGGCAAACGCGAUGAUAAGCACGUGGGCAGGCCCGCCGGCCAUGUUGACGAUCUUUCGCAAAAUGUUCGGGUCAUUCUCGGCGCCGCACAUCAUAAAGCAGAACAACUUCGACAAUCUACAGCAUUACUUCCUGCAGAAGACCAUACCGGUUGCGAUGGCAGGCCUCCGAAACAUCCACGGCAUCUGCCCACCAGAGGUAGUCAGAUUCCUCUUAGAUCUCUUCAAGUAUAACGACAACUCCAAAAACCAUUUCUCCGACAACUAUUACAAGGCGGCGCUAGUGGACGCCCUGGCGGCGACUAUUACGCCGGUUAUAUCUGUGUUGCAACCGGGAGCACCAAUAACCGUCGACUCGCUCUCAGCGGAUACAAAAUUAGUUCUCGAAGAAAUCACCAGGGUGUUAAACUUAGAAAAAGUGUUGCCAUGUUACAAAAACACGGUGACAGUGAGUUGCCUACGCGCAAUACGGAGGCUGCAGCAAUGUGGACAUUUGCCCAGCACACCUACGAUAUUCAGAGCGUAUGCGCAGUAUGGACAGUAUAUUGACGUGCGACUCGCCGCAUUCGAGUGCCUAGUGGACUUCGUUCGAGUGGACGGCAAGCCUGAAGACUUGUCUUCACUUCUGACUGCAGUGGAAAACGACCCUGACCCUUGCGUGAAGCAUGGGCUCGCUAGACUGAUGAUCAGCAAUCCGCCCUUCGAGCGAGCGCAGAGACAUCGCUUGGACACAGACGCGGUGGUCCACAGGUGACAUUGACAUAUUUGUGCAGCUAGAGUAGACUUGUCAUCGAUUCUGACAGCAGUGGAGAACGACCCCGACCCUUGCGUCAAACACGGGCUCGCUAGACUGAUGAUCAGCAACCCGCCCUUCGAGCGAGCGCAAAGACAUCGCUUGGACACAGACGCGGUGGUCCACAGGUUAUGGAACAACAUAAACAGCCAUCUAUCAAACGACGCUCGACUCCGAUGCGACCUAGUUGACCUUUACUACACACUGUACGGGCCAAAACGGCCGAUAUGUGUGCCCUUACCCGAAAUACAGGCUAUGAUGAAACAAAUGCACCAUAAAGAACGUGAGAGGCUAGAACGGGAGAGGGAGAGGGAAAAUAGGGAGAAAGAGAGACAGAAGGAGUUGGAAUUGAAGCCCGUUAUCAAACAGGAGGUGGUUGAAGAUUUAAAAAUCGAGACGGACAUUCCUAUGCUUGAAUCUUCAUCUCUACUGCCGCCGCUGGAGCCGGUCAAAACAGAUGAACUGCUGCCGGUGCCGCUGUCAGCCAUCAAGGAGGAGGACGUCAAGCUCGACGUGACCACCGUGCACGACACGCCCAUGGACUUCCAUGAUGAAACAAAACGCGAGUUUUCGGACAACGCGGUGCCGUUGCCCGGUAUACCCGGCACGUCGGGCCCCAUCGGGUUCGAGCCGGGAAUGUUCCGUCAUGACAUUAAAGACGACAUGGGCGCUCCUAAGGCCAAGAAGAAGAAGAAAGAUAAAAAGAAGCACAAACACAAGCAUAAGCACAAGCACAGCAGCAAAGACAAGUCGUCCAAAGACAAGGAGCACAAAGACAAGGAUCGGCCGAUGUUGCCCCGCCCUCCUUCCAGCACAGAACACCUCAAGAUCAAAGAGGAGACGAGGGAGACGCUUAGUUCAUUCAGCUCCAGCCAGAGCCCUUCAGAAGAUAUCUCGACUAUGCCAAGCAAUAUGAGCUUCUAAACUCCACUCAGACUGUAUAAAUUAGAUCGUAAGCAAAGUUAUCAAAGUUCUUAAUUAAAUCUUAAUAUAACAAA